CCGACGGGCAGGUGAGAGCAGGAGACGAUAGUGAAGGCCACGUUGACGAGGAUUCAAAGCUAAGACACCGCAUCACCCAAUCAGUGAGCGAGGACUGCAAUAUCUCCGUAACAUUAAACUUUCCUUCCACCCAGGCUUCUGUUACCCGAUACCGACACCCAGGUGUCGCUGUCAUCCGCUCCUCGUGACAUGACGUCACUCUCAGUUGCCAUGAUAAUCGUGUUAUAGCAGCUACUGAAUGCUACUCCUCAUACCUCUUAUCCGUCUUUCUUCACAUCGUAGUGAUCAAUGUCUUCGGCUCUUGAGGUGCCGUCCUUCUACCUCAUUGUCUGUUUUUAUCUUUCACGUGGCGAAUUGUGCUGUCAGUGAUCCCCGAAACAGACAGAGACAGUUCCAUAUUUCUAAGCACUCAAAUGUAAUUCAGAGAACUUGUAUGACUGGAUGAUGAUAUCCAAUAUGGCGUGUUGUUUUGUAGGCUUUAUGAAUGAAUCGAUGCUGCAUGGAUAUCGCCAAUUUUGUUUUUCAUAGUCGUAUUCAUGGAUAAUGGUGAUAUAUUUUAAGAAAUCGAGGUCCUCGCAGCUAGACAUACUUUUCAAGAAAUUGAGAACAUAUAUUUUAAUCAAAUCCCUUUUCCAAAAAGAGGGCAAAUUCGAUUAUCUUAUGAUUUUUUUUUUUCACCAUCAGCUGGAAUUCAAUAGCAUACUAUUAACGCUUCAUCGGAUUAUGUCGCAAUCACACAAUUUAACUUUUUGAACUGCUUUAUACCAAGGACUGUAACUCUUAGUAGACUCUUUUGGCAUAGACUUUUUAAUUUUGUUUACAUUAUCUUUCAAACCGCCAGUGUUACCAUGGAUACAUGAAAGUAUAUAUUUUUAAGUCGAGAGAAAAGUUCCUCAUAACCAUACGUAUUUUACAAGAAAUUGCGAGAAUAUAUUUUAAUAAAAUCUCUUUCAAAAAAGGCAAAAUGCAAUUAUUUUAUAAUAACGCAUUUUUUUUUAAUAUCAGCAAUUCAUUAGCAUAUACAAUUAACGCUUCAUCGAAUUAUGUCGCAAUCACACAAUUUAACUUUUUAAUCUGCUUUAUAGCAAGGACUGUAACUCUUAGUGGACACUUUGGGAGCGAGAGUUUUGUACAUCAAGCGUGGGUAAAAUGGAAUCAAAAAGAGGAAAUAAAGCUGUUUGGGGCUUUAAAAGAAGCACAGCAUUGACGGUGUUUCUUAAGCGCCUGCAACAGAAGGAGGGUGAAAGUAAUACAAUGUUUCUCGCAAGAGGCAGCUCAGAAUAUGCAGCUCUGUCACCUCUUGAAAAAAAACACUGGCGACGGAAUCUGCAACCCCUGCUCUUCCAUAAACAUUGGAAGAUAAGAAAAAUAUAUAUCAAGCAGCUAGUGGGGCAGCUAAAGAAGAUGGAAAGAGUACUUUUACACAUUGGUGUGGCGUACUAUUUUGAGAUGGGUUAUGACAUGCACCAUGUGCUAGCCGGGACAACUUGUCAAGAAAUGUGCUAGCAGAAAGGCCAUCGAUACUAUCAGACAUCAAGUAUCUGCGCCAAUGUGUGCAAAAAGUAUUUAAUAAUUCAUAUGGUAAGAGAUUGACGAAGUUGACAGUUUCUCCUGUUCCCCACCCACCACGGAGUCCAUCUAUGGGAUGCAGCCGAGCGGUACCAUCCAGCAGGGGUGCAGCAGGUUUUCAGGAGAAAUACACUCUGACCCACGAGAGAGUGGAUCAGAUUGACCAAGGCUGCACCUUCUAGCAGAGCUAGGGCAUUGCACGACCAACCAAUUGACAUGGGACAGCAUCAGCCUCCUGUCUAGGUCUGGGCCUAGAGGAAUGUUGCCAUGAUGGGCCGCAACCCAUCAGUGACCUCAACCUCCAGAAUCCCAUUCUCCCCCGACACAGGUCGCUCUGCACGGCAAACACUGGGGGCCUAAAGAAUCCUCUGAGAAAUCAGAAAUGAUGAGAGAUUUGUGGGAAAUAUUGAAAAUGGGAAGGACCAAAAGGCAGAGGAUAGGAUAUGAAAAACCUGCAGUGGAAGAAAUAAGAGUUUUAACAAAUAAAGGUGAAAGGACCUGUGAGACAGAAACCAUUACUGUGAGGAGGGAAGAGGCAGGCCACUCUGUCACCCAUCCAGAGAGAAGUUGGGUGUCCACCCCUGGCAUUAGAAGCCAGGCCCACAUGGGCUAGAGAGGGGAGGAAACAGGACAAUGCAGCAGGAGUUGAUAUUUACUGCCAUGCCUGGUGCUGUUCACGUGUUCAGAAUGCAUCUGACAUUUGCUGAGACAGAUGGCACAUGUGGUAAUCACUCAAGAAACGGAAAAAUCGCAAGAUGCAUCUUCCUUGCAUUCAACUGAUUACUAAGCAAAUGUCUUUGAAACAUUUUUAUUUGGCAUGAAAGGCAAUGCACUCCAUUAUCAUUAUGCAAAUAAAUGAAACCCAGCUUUACAAGACAAACCUAACCAUAACAAAAAGUAGUCUUUUGUAAUAAGCCUGCAUUAAAAUGUAACAUUGGAACCUCUUUAUGCAAACACACCCUAUGACGCGGUAAAAUAAAAUGUGCAUACAUACGCCUCUCACUGAGGCCAGUGGUUCUCAAAAGAAUGCCUUGCAUACCAGUGAGCGAGUCGAAGUGCAGCUGUUGCAAAAUUUGCCAUCUUUGUGUAGACUGUCUGACCUUAUGUGAAUACUAUAGAGGGAGGGGGACAAAGUGUAAAAUGUAUAUGCACUUGAUACAAAGGCAAUAAUGGUUAAACAGUGUAUGUCGACAUCAAAUUUAAAAUUUCACUCUAAAUGUUCAUAUUUGGUAAAGUAGGCAUCAGUUGCCUAUUGACACAGAUUUUUUUUUCUCCUUCCCAUCAAUUUCUUUCUGCAUAAAACAGCAAAAUUUUGUCAAACCAACAAAAUGGGUGUGUAUUAUGUCCCCAGAUAGGACACCAAGAGAUAUACAAAUGCAUGCCAGGAUUACAAAGCAGUUUGAAAGCAAGAACUGCAAAUAACUGAAAAUUACCUCACACCAAAUAAAAAAAGCCCAGUUAAUUUAAGUGGAUUCUAUGUCUCUUCCCCAGCAUGCUCUUUCCAGAUAAGAGUUCACAUCAACACUCAGAUACCAGCAAUGUCUCUGGCAAAAUUGCAUGUACAAUGUGUUUCUUAAGGGACAUGAUGGUUGAGGAGAAAAAAUGUAGAAUACCAUAAAACUGUAGAUGGCAAGUUCGUGCAAAAUUCACAGUCCAGUGCUUGAGGGCUUGCAGUUUUAUACGUGUAUGUGAGUGUAUAUAAUGCCUAAAGAAACUCAAAACUCACGUGAGCCGAGCUUGGUCCAGCAUAAUAAUGAUUAGCACAUUUUCUACAAGCAUAUACAGAACACAGGAAUUAUAAUACAAUCAAAAAUAUUUUACUUUCCAUUAAUACUGACAGUACACAGAAUACUUCAACUGAAUGCUCAUUCAAAUUUAUAAAGUAUGCCUCAUACCAGAGAAUCACCUCCAGUUCACAUCCACUUCACCACAAUGGGAGGAAAGGUGAGCAGCCCUUCAAAGCAAUUUUUCAACAACAGUGAAGAGCUCUUUAUAAGCAGCACCAUCUGAAUAAAAGUGUGAAACUAUGACUGCUUCAGAAUGUAAUGCAUGGGAAAGUCACCACAGCAUGCAUCUACAGAAAAAUCAAUGUAUAAGACAGCAGCUUGUAGCCACAAUUCUUUACAAAUUCAUUAUUCAAUCAUGCCCAGAGCUGCUGGAGGGUGUGUAAGCCACUACACUAGAAACUGAAGCAUAGCAACACGUCUAAGGUUAAUGGUUAUAAAUUAGGGGCUGUUAUGGGCAAACAUUACAUGGCAAGCAGGAUAAAACAAAAAAAACAGUUACAUACUAACCUAAGAGCAUAUGUAACUUUUUCAUGCGAUUGUGUUUUCUUCACUACAAAAUACUAAUUCUUUAUAUCAGACUGAACAUCUGUUGUCAAGAUACAACCUUUAAACGCCAAGAUUCUUAGUUGUGUUUUUGAAAAUUAAAAAAAAAAGAGUUGAGACCUCAUUUUCUGCAGAUUCACGGUUUAAGCAAUGCUUCAUUAGCUUGAGGUUUCCAUUCAUCAAAUCAUGUUUAUAUA